GCAACAAGAGCGAAACUCUGUCUCAAAGAAAAGAAGACAAGAAAAGGAUCAGUGCUGCCCUAAAGGAAAUAAACUGAUGUGACAGUGGCAGCUGCCCUUCCAGGAGCCAGCAGAGAGAACUGGGUGGCUGGCUGGGGACACCUGCAAGUCCCCACCCAAGCCAGCUACCACCCUAUCCUGCCUUCUCCAACUGUGGGGACGCUGCUCAGGCCUUUUGUGACACCACACCCGACAGUCCUUGGGGGUCCGGUCAUUGCUGCUGGGUCCAGCAAGGUCCAAGCUCAGGUCACCCUGUCCCCUACCCCCCAUGCCAGAUCCGGCAUCGUUGUGGGCAAACAAUUAUCUGGAUGAUCUUUAUGGGGCUUAAGCUUGGGUGGGAGCAGAUGGGGCAUGAGCUAGGGAUUUGGAGAUGGCACACCCCCACGUCCCAGACGUUUAAAAGGCCCUCUCUGGCACCAGGCUGGGACAGAGGCCAGCAGGAAAGUGACUGGAGUCCAGUGACAUGAUGGAUCUGGAGGAGAAGACAGAGGAAGGCUCGGGCCACUGUGCAGAGGCGGGCUCCCCAGACCAGGAGGGCUUCUUCAAUCUGCUGAGCCACGUGCAGGGUGACCGGAUGGAGGGGCAGCGCUGUUCGCUGCAGGGCGGGCCAGGCCAGACCACCAAGAGCGAGAGUGGCCCCACACCUGAGAUGGACAGCCUCAUGGACAUGCUGGCCAGCACCCAGGGCCGCCGCAUGGAUGACCAACGUGUGACAGUCAGCAGCCUGCCUGGCUUCCAGCCCGUGGGGACCAAGGACGGAGCACAGAAACGAGCUGGGACCCUCAGUCCCCAACCCUUGCUCACCCCUCAGGACCCGACUGCUCUUGGCUUCCGUCGGAACAGCAGCCCCCAGCCCCCAACACAAGCCCCCUGAGGGCCUGAGCCCUCUUGGGCCUCACUUGGCCCCCAAAAGCUGAUAAAAGAAAUAAAACACUUCCAUGAGCAACAA